AUGUCACACAGAAAGUUUGAAGCACCAAGACACGGAUCACUUGCUUUCCAUCCAAGAAAGAGAGUUCAUAAAGUAAGAGCUACUGUUUCUGCUUUCCCAAAAGAUAAUGCUGCUGAAAAACCACAUCUUACUGGAUUCCUUGGAUUCAAAGCUGGUAUGACUCAUGUUAUUCGUGAAGUUAAGAGAACCAACACUAAACUUCCAAAAGAUGGAGUUUUAGAACCAGUUACUAUUAUUGAAACACCACCAAUGGUUGUUGCAGGAUUUGUUGGAUAUAAAAAGACUACUACUGGACUUAAACCAAUUACAGCUGUUUUUGCUGAACAUAUUGCUGAUGAAUUCAAAAGAAGAUACACUAAGAAAUGGUAUAAAAAUACUAAAAACCAAUUUGCUGUUCAUACUGAAAAAUAUAAUGAUGUAAAAGCUAAAUCAAAGAGAGAAAGACAAAUUAGAUUAAUUAAGAAUAGAUGUGAUGUUGUUAGAGUAAUUGCACAUACUCAAAUGGCACUUGUUCCAUUAAAACAAAAGAAAGCUGAAGUUAUGGAAAUUCAAAUUAAUGGAGGAUCAAUUGCUGAAAAAGUUGAUUUUGCUGUCUCACUUCUUGAAAAACAAAUUAGUGUUAACUCAGUCUUUGGAACUGAUGAAUGUAUUGAUGUAUGUUCAGUUACUAAAGGACAUGGAUACAAUGGUGUUAUUAAGAGAUUUGGUGUAAGACAUCUUCCAAGAAAGACCCACAGAGGAUUAAGAAAAGUUGCUUGUGUUGGAGCUUGGCAUCCAGCUAGAGUCUCAUGGACAGUUGCUAGAGCUGGUCAAAUGGGAUUCUUCAAGAGAACUGAAGUUAACAAAAAGAUUUACAGACUUGGAUGUGGUGAUCUUAAGAACGCUAAAACUGAAUUUGAUAUUACAGAAAAAGGUAUUACUCCAAUGGGAGGAUUCCCACAUUACGGAGUUGUUAAGAAUGACUUCUUGAUGAUCAAAGGAACAGUAGCUGGUAUUAGAAGAAGAGUUAUUUCAUUAAGAAAAGCAUGCUUCCCAUCAACCACUAGAACAGCUCAAGAACAAAUUGUUCUUAAAUUCAUUGAUACAUCAUCUAAAUACGGACAUUCUAGAUUCCAAACUACCACCGAAAAGAAAGCACGUAUGGGACCAAUGAAGAAAGAUCUUGAAAGACAAAGAGCUGAAAAGGUUGAAGAAGGAAAGAAACUUUAA